AUGGAGAUGCAGCAAGAGCCCGCGCCUGAAGAGGCCCAGGAGGCGCAGAAGCACAUGGACCAGCCCAUGGACGUUGACGACAGCAAUAACACGACCAUCACCGCCGCGACCGUCGCGCCGCUGCCCGACUUUCAGCAGAGCAACAAUGGCUACAACAACGGCUACUCGAGCGAUAACCACCACCGGCCGCAGACGUCGUACUCAGACACGGCGUACCAAUAUAGCGGUGGACCUGGUGGGGAGGGCUACCACUCGCGCUUCAACACGCCGUCAGACGCAGACACACCGCCACGGCAGGGCUACUACAACAGCGGCAAGGAGACACAGAUGGGGCAGCCCAAUUCAAGACCAACAUCGCAAUUGGGACGGUACUCGAACUCAGAGGGCAAUGCAAGGUCGUACAGCCAGGACCAGGUCCAGCGGAGCUCGCAACAGGACGCGACUAAGAAUCCCAGUGUGGUGAUCAAGGUCGGCAUGGUGGGCGACGCACAGAUUGGCAAGACCAGUUUGAUGGUCAAAUAUGUAGAGGGCAGCUGGGACGAGGACUACAUCCAAACCCUAGGCGUCAACUUCAUGGAGAAGACUAUAUCCAUCAGAAACACAGAGAUCACAUUCUCGAUUUGGGAUCUCGGAGGUCAGCGCGAGUUCGUGAACAUGCUACCGCUUGUCUGUAACGACGCUGUCGCGAUACUUUUCAUGUUCGAUCUCACGCGAAAGAGCACGUUGAAUUCGAUCAAGGAAUGGUAUCGUCAAGGGCGAGGCUUUAACAAAACCGCCAUACCAUUCUUAGUUGGCACCAAGUACGAUCAUUUCGUCAACUUCCCUCGGGAGGAGCAGGAGGAGAUUUCCAACCAGGCAAAACGCUUCGCCAAAGCCAUGAAGGCUAGUCUCAUCUUCAGCAGCACCAGCCACAGCAUAAACGUGCAGAAGAUCUUUAAGAUUGUCCUCUCCAAGGCAUUCGACCUCAAGUGCACCAUUCCCGAGAUAGAAAACAUUGGAGAGCCGCUCCUCCUCUACCAAGCCGUCUAA